AUGAUCAAGCAAUUUGUCAAGAGCAAGUUCAAGAAAUAUCACAAGCACCAGAUGCUAGUGGCCUGUGAGAAGCAGAAGACUGAGAAGAAGAAGAAGCAUAAUAAAGAAGUGAUGCAGACACAAGAAGAGAUUAAGAAUAAGAUAUAUCAAAAAAUCAAAAUUAAACUUGCAGUGCAUUCAAUUGCUGUGUGCAUUCAGACCCACAUUCAUGCAAUGAUGACUGCUCUUGAAGUCAAAGUUAUAGUUCAUGAGCACAAUCAUCUUGCUGCUGCUGAUCUGUCAAAAAAUGAGAUGAAGAAGAAGAUGAAAACAUUUCAGAGUUAUUUGCAGACUUUAUUAAAUAAGAAAAUGCUAUCAUCAUCAGAGAAGAUGAACAAGAAGAAGUUUGAGAUUGUCAUCUCUUUCAAUAAAGAAAAGAAGAAUGAGAAGAAGAAGAAUGACUGA